CAAAUUCCCGCGAUGUGAUAGGGUUGUUUCCCGAAGAGAUAAACAUGGUUAGCCGAGCUGCUGCACGCUCAUUGGAGACAUUGCCGAUCAUCUCCACUUUCUCUGGGCGGUUGACUCCAACUGUAUCUAUCGCCACUCAGCGCUUCCUGAUUUCGAGUCCCGUUCGCUGUCCAGCCCCUGGUCGGCAGAGAGAUAUCGGCAGAUACGAGUGAGGGGAGAAGGGCGAUUAAUCGCUGCAGCGGGGAUGGGGUGGCGCGUGGACCCGCUCUACGCAGAUAUGACUGCCAGAGAGCAGCUGAUACGGCGAUCAGACAGCGGGAAACACAGUGAACGAUAGCGGAAAUUGGCGGAAUGCUGGGAGGGCUUGACUCCCCGCAGCCAAGCAUGGCUGAGACCGAUAGUUGUCCUCGCUUGACUAUCGGCAGGCACGCGAAUAAGAAUCAGGGGAUAACUGACGGGCAGUUCAUAUCGCUGCGACUUGCCGCGAGGGGGAGAUAACUGAUGGAGAUAAGUACCGAGUAGCAUCCACGGUACGUCACGGACAACACUAAAGCCAAAGCGGGUGUUAUCUUUUAGAGUUUUCCCCCGGGUUUUAAAUCUUCUUGUUGCCGCCAGCUCGACGCCGACUUCACUCUGGCGGAGAGACUCCAUCACACCAGAUUUCAUUAUGGAGAAACAAUACACCAACACGCCCGGCGAUGAGCCGAAACUCGACACUGUGGCGAAAAUGUCCCGCGACGAUGACCUGGGCCAGGUCCUGGACUUUGAAGUCACACCGGGCGAUGAGAAGAAAGUACUACGGAAGCUGGAUAUUGUGUAUGUCGUCUCCGUCUCGCAUCUGCCUUUUGCUAAUUUUCGAACAGCCUGAUCCCCCUCAUGGGCGUCUGCUACAUGAUGCAGUAUAUGGAUAAGUUGGCCCUGAGUCAAGCGACGCUGUUCGGCCUCCGAGCAGACCUCAACCUCGUCGGCGACCAAUAUUCGUGGGCCUCUGCCAUCUUCUACUUUGGCUACUUCGCGUGGAGCUGGCCAAGCUCGUACUUGAUGGUCCGAUUCCCUCUCGCCAAGUAUAUCAGUGUUUCUAUGUAUGUGAACCCCCAGCACCCCGAGCGAUGGCUAAUGGGUGACAGUAUCGUAUGGGGAGGUGCCCUGAUGUGCCAUGCGGCCUGCCACAACUACGGGGGUAUCAUCACCGCCCGCUUCUUCCUCGGUGUCGGGGAAGCCAGCGUCGCCCCUGGGUUUGCGCUCAUCGUUAGUAUGUUUUAUAAGCGGGAGGAACAGCCAUCGAGACAAGCCGCGUGGUGGUUCGGCAACUGCAUCGCCAACCUCAUCGGAGGUGUCGUCGCAUACGGUAUCGGAAACAUCGGAGUCAGCACGAUCAACAGCUGGCAGCUGCUAUUCCUCUUCCUGGGUGCCAUCACCUGUGCCUUGGGCUUCGUCACUUUGAUCCUCCUCCCCGACCGCACUGAAAAUACCAUCUUCCUCAAAAAGACCGAACGCAAAAUCGCCCACCAGCGCAUUAUGAAGAGCAAAGCCGGCUCGAACCAGACUGGCGUGUUUGUGUGGAACCAGGCGUGGCUUGCCUUGCGAGAUCCCCAGACCUGGUGUCUCUUCUUGUAUACAUUCACCGUGAACCUGUGCAACGGUGGUCUGACCAGUUUCAACGCAAUCAUCAUCCAAGGCUUCGGCUUCUCCGCCCUCCGCUCCCUCCUCAUGCAAAUGCCCAUGGGCGCCGCACAGAUCAUCUUCCUCCUCAUCACCGUCAGCGUCGCGACCUUCGUCCCCAAGACCCGAAUCCUCAUGAUGAUCUUCAACACGUCCGUGUCCAUGAUCGGCAUGAUCCUCGUCUGGCAGCUCGACGAGAAUAACCAGAAGGGCCGUCUCACGGGGCUUUCACUCGCCGCUGUCUUCGCCUGCAAUAUCCCGCUUGCGCUGAGUCUUAUUGCGUCGAAUGUCGCGGGGUUCACAAAGAGGAGUGUCACGAGUGCUCUAAUUUUUGUUGCGUACUGUGUUGGGAAUAUUGUUGGGCCGCAGAUGUUCCUCGAGAGUGAGGAGCCGCAGUAUGAUACCGGAAUGGCCGCCUCCGUCGCGGGCCUAGCCCUGGGCAUCUUCUUCCUCACAUGCCUACUGGUAUACUACAUCUGGGAGAAUAAACGACGAGACGCCAAGUACGGGACGCCCGUGGAGUCGAGCGAUGCGCAGGCGAUUGCCGAGGGCAUGUCGGAUAAGACGGAUCUGGAGAUUGAGAGUUUCCGGUAUAUGUUGUAGAUGCAUAUAUACCUACAUACUACAUACUAUAAUGAUCUGAGUUGAUACGCCUGU